CACUAGAAAAUAGCCUCCAAGAGGACCAGCAAUUCAAUAUGAAUUUGUCAUAACUCAUAAAAACCUAUCACGGUAAAAAUUCGCACCAUAAGCAAAAAAAAUGAACUUUUUCAUAACAUUUUCAUAGUUCAUGAAUGAACCGAUGUCAUUCGGUUCAAGAAAAUAUCGCGGCUUCCUUAUCCUCACACAAAGUUAAGAACUUGAAAACUGAAACUCAUUGCCGAGUGAGCGGGUAGAGUAGAUAACCAUAGAGGAACUAUCUCAUGGCUUCCCUGCGGAUUUCCCCUUCUUCUCCGGCGCCCACAACGCAGACUCACAGAGUUCGUUCUCUUCAAAGCCACUUCCCCACAAGCCAAUCUGUUUCUUAUUACCCUCUUCAAUCGUUUCCUCACUCUUUUGCCCUUACGAUUCGAACCAUCAGAAUCAGCCGCCUAGCUCCGCUCUUCUCUACCGCGACUCAAGGCCCGGUUGCCGAUUCUUCCCCAGUUGAAGUUGUCGCCGAAGAAGAGACGGUGGUGGAUGGGGAAGGGAAAGUAGUAGUAGUAGAAGAAGAAGAAGAAUUCUGUAAAAGCAGAGUGUUGGCUGCCAAUAUUCCGUGGACUUCUACUCCAGAGGACAUUCGGGCUUUGUUCGAGAAGUUCGGUACUGUUGUCGAUGUUGAGCUUUCAAUGCAUAGCAAGGGGAGGAAUAGAGGGCUGGCCUUUGUCUCUAUGGGCUCUGCCGAGGAGGCUCUUGCUGCCAUGGAGAAUCUGGAGUCUUAUGAAUAUGAGGGUCGUGUGUUGAAGAUGAACUAUGCUAAGCCCAAAAAGGUGAAGCCGGCACCUGUGUUUCCGAAGCCAGCACCAACAUUCAGCUUGUUCAUUUCAAACCUGCCGUUCGAAGCCAAGGAGAAGGACGUUAAGGAGUUUUUCAUUGCAGGAGGGGCUAACGUUGCCACUGCGGAGAUAAUAUAUAAUGUGAAUCCUAGAAAGUCCUCCGGAUAUGGAUUUGUGUCCUUCAAAACUAAGAAGGAAGCUGAAGAGGCCCUUUCUGCUUUCCAAGAGAAGGAACUUUUGGGGAGACCAAUUCGAGUGGCUCGUAGCAAGCAAUUUGUAAGACCGCCGAGGACCAAAGCUCCUCCGACAAGUAGGACAACUGAGAUAAAUGAUACUGAAGAAGAAGCAGCAGUUACAGGUGUUGAUGAGACCAUAUGAUCAAUUGGAAAUUCUUCUUUUCUGCUUCUUAUGAUCAAUUUUGGUAUCGCGUUGUUACGAUCACUUGACUUGCAUCCUUUCUCAUGCGCACCCUGAUGUUGAGCCUAUAAAUUAUGUGAUCAUGGAUGGAAUACGUCCUCUCUUGCCUUCAUUGCAACUGCUACAAUGUCUUCCAUAAAUGCGACUUGCCAAAGCAUUCCUCCAACAGCUCUGAAGUUUCGUGCUCCAUAAGUGGGGAAUUAUCUGUUCCAAAGGUGGACAUUGAGUUAAAUUAUCUUUAAUGUGGUGAUUUGUAGUUUUGUACUGCAAGGCUAACGUGAGGUUAGAACUUAGAACUGAAGAAUCGAUGUAGGGAAAAUGUAGAUAAAAUCAGGUUUAAUGUAACCAAAAGUGUGUUUUGAGGAUUUGGUUUACUUGGUGGGUGUAACCAAAAGUGUGUUAUGAGGAUUUGGUUUACUUGGUGGGUUUAGAAGCCAUAAUAUUAGCGAUGACAAUUUUGACCUGACACGAUUUACCCGAUCUGUUUGGCCUGUUUUGAGGCGGGUCAGAUCGGCCCAGUAGGCGGGACGGAGCAUGCAUGGGUUCCUUUUAUCGACCCGAUCUACCCUUACUCGACCGGUUCUUGCCUAAAUUAUAUAUAAUUUUAGUCAAAUUAUUUAGGAUUUUUCUCUUAUUACAUUAUAUUUUAGCUAUAAUAAAGUUGCAAUUAAGUGAAAACGUCAAUUUCUUUAAUAAUUUAACUAGAUUAUAUCAUAUUAUGGUUUUUUCUUGGUAUUUUAAUGAAAAUAACGAAUAUUUCUAAUGUUUUUACAUAAAUUAUAUACCCAACCCCGUAAUAUAUUACCCGACCUGGACUCGAACUACCAUGGGAUGAAUAUGAGUAUCGAAAUACCCGUCUCGGACCUGCCCAUGGCCAUUCCUACCUAAUAUUGGUUAUGGACCUGGGUCGUCGUUUUGGCCUUAGAGCGGGGCUAUGGAAGCUCCUUUUAGCUAUAACGGGCUGUUGGCCUGUAACAUGGGCCUCGGGAGUUGAAGGCCAUACUAGGCUUAUUCCAACAGAAGUAGUAAAGGCCAUACUAGGCUUAUUCAAAAGAAGUAGUUAUCAUCGUAAUAAUUUUAAUCAAUAGUAUUUGGUUUAACUGAUUUGGUUUUAGAUAUUUUUAAUCAAUCAAGUAGAUUAAAUCAGUAGUAUUUGAAUACUUUGAUUUUGUUAAUUUAGAAAUUGGUUUCAGACACUCCUAAUUAAUCAUUUUAACCGGUAGUAUUCAAAUACUUUGAUUUUGUUAAUUUAGAUAAUUGGUUUGAUUUUAUUAAAAUUUUCAAACUUAUUUGGUUUAGGUGAUUUGGUUUCAGAAGCUUCUAAUCAAUCAAAUCAAUUAAGCAACCAAUAUAAUAUAUACUGCAACACUCAAGAGUCAAGUGUUCCUCCCCUUUGGACCCAUCAAAAGCUCAUUAUUGUUCACAUUGCUAUAUUUGUUCUUAUAAGGUGUAGACAACAAGGUAUGAACACCUAAUUUAGAUAUAACUCAUACAUUAUGCUUGAUGAAAAUCUUAAAGAGAAAGACUUUUUCACCCUCUAACAAUUGUUAUGUUUCGCUCAUUAUAUAAUCACAUAUUGAUGAACCCCAGCUACUAGUUUGAAUAUGGAAAAAGAAGAAGAAAAAAAGAUAGUAUAUGUGAUUGGAAUCUAUAACACAGUAGUUAUUAGUGAACAUCUUUUCUAUUUGACUACAAUUCAUUUGUUUUUUUAGUUUGUCACAAAUGUAAUUAUAAAUGUGUAGCCCUUAUCCCCAAAAUUUCCAAAACCUAAAAUUAAAACCACGAACUACCCCUUGUCCCCUCCAUAUUUUAACACACAACAUUAUCCUGAAGAGUUUGAUUACCUUUCUUAUUCUUUUUCUCCUAUUUAAUUUUGAGAACUAUUAUUGUUGUGUUAAAAAUGAUGAGUUAUUUGUGGAUUAAAAUGAACUAAUGUAUUAGUUAUGUUAAUGGUGGAGCCAAAAUUCAAUCUAUCAUAUCUAUCGGUUUAUUUUUUACUCAGAGUUGCAUUGAGUUUACUGAUUGUAACUCAAAGUGUUAAGAGGGCUUUUCAAAUUUUGGUUGCAUUAAGAAAAAGUUUCAAAAUCGAAUAGGUAUCAGUUCAUGAAUGAUUGUUGUCUAGUAGAAUAUAUUUAAGAGAUUUUAAAAGCAUUAUAGACAAUGAGUAUAUUUUAUAAUUUUUUCAAAAUAUGAUAACACGUCGUGGCCUUUUAUUGUAUCUGUACUAAUCGGAUAUUUUCUUAUUUAAGAGUUUUUAAAUUUUUAAAUUUAACUUGUUAAAUGCACACCCCAAUAGUUCAUGGGUAUGUUACUGGUUUAACCUCUAUUACCUAUGCAAUGUUUAUAGGGACCAAUUCUCAUAAGUAGGAAUGUCAAUCAAACCCAUUAGCGCGGGUAUCCGAUCAUCCCCGAUCUAGUUAACGCGGACAAUACCCGCAUUAAUCGGGUAUGGGCGGAUAUGGGUAAAAACUACUAAAAGUUUGAUGGGUAUGGGGCGGGUAUGGUUUUAGCCUCCCCGUCCCAUACUAAUACCCGCCUCACCAAGAACAUUUUUACACAUAUAAAAAAUACAUGGAUCAAAUUAUAACCUAUAAUUGAUAGUGAAAAUAACUCAAAAAAAAUAGUAUAAAUGCAAUUGAGUGGGUGGUGGCCACCCAAAUCAAAACAUAAUUCUUCUCUCUCAAUUCUCCCUUCAUCAUGUCACUUUUACCUCUGGUUAAUAAAAUUAUGUUAAUUAAUUAUUACUUAGUAGAUGUAUGAGAGUAAGAGAAUAAUGAUUUCGAAAAUAUUGAACUUUAUCUCAGGAUUAAUAGAUGUUUUAGGAUCAUAUGAUUUGAACCAAAUUAAGAAUGAUUGUAUUUUUUGUUGACUUCAUGAUAUAAUAGGUUUAUAGUGUUAUAAUCGGAAUUUUUUUUAUAAAGCUUUAGUAUAAUAAUGUUGGAUGCACAAGGCGGGUAUUACCUAUGGGUAUCUGAAACCCACGAAUACGAAAAUGGUCCACCGCAUUAGUUUGAGACGGGUAUGAGUUUGAAUAUUUGAAAAUGAGAAUGAAAAUGGUUUAGACAAACCUGUCCAUCGUCAUGAAGGAACAAUAGUAGUGUACCAAAUCAAUAGGGAAAGAAGUCGAAACAAAUGCUCGAUCGGGUGUUAUGGGGAAAUCGGUGAGAUACCAACUUUACAGAAUUCAUUCAAGAGCAGAGCAGUUAGUUGUAUAGAACUCAAACAACUUGGACCGCCAUAGCUAACCUAACUCGACAGACAACCUUCCCCCACUUCACACUAUGUAACCAAGCAAUAAUGGAGCAAGUUAAACUACCUAUAUAACGUUCAUAAGUAUGUUCAAUCCAUCCCGGUUCAAAUCAAAAGGUUGAUCCUUGAAGCCGGGUUUGUGCAGAGUGCAGACUGAGCCAACAAAGUUGUUGGAAAAAGUUGGUAGUACUGUUUCGAGAAUCGCUGAACUCACUAGAUAGAGAGCAGUUGAACUUACCAUAAACUAGGAAAUUCACCCAACCCACUUUCCCAAAAGUAGCUAUAUAUGGAUGGAUGCGGUUCAUUAUUGUACAGGGCAGCUCCAUAGUUGGGUUUGGAAUGGGGUGGGUCUGGUUUGGUUCAAUCAUGCAAAAUCAAUUAUUUCCCUUUGGCUGGCCUAGCCCCACUAAACUGACUUUUGUUGCCAGAAGCACAUAGAUGUGUUAGAUGAAUUGGUAACUACUAUUUUAGCUUAAUUGGUGAACGCCUGAAAUAGCAAUAAUUUUACUUGUCCAUAUAUUAUUCACAUUGAUAAUGAUGGACAGUUUUAUCCGGAGUAAACACCUUACCAAUAUACUGAAAAAUAAAAGAAUAUUACAUGCAUGACUUUGUGAUGAUCAAACUAUGGAUCUCUCAUUUGUGUUUUUAUUGAUGUGAGAUUUGUCGAAAGUGUUACAUAGCAUCCCUUUUGGGACUUAACGUGGUUGAGGUUUUCCCUACCAUCAUUUAAGAGGAUGCAGAGAGACUAUGAUAUCACUUGUAUUAUCUCAAUCCUUCUUGACAAACAUAUUGUCUGCUUUGGGUUUAGCUCGUACGUACGGUUUCACUUUUAGGUGCAUCAUAUUGACUUCCCAAUAAGUCACUCACCUCUACAUUGCUUUAUUCUUAGCAUGUUUAACUUCAAAAGUUCUUACAAUAACUCAUCUAUUUCACCCAAAAAUGCGUUUUGUCAUGCUUUGUCGAUGAUGAAUUUAUCUAAAAUGUUAAAUUAAUGCUAAUGUUAUCUAAAGUGUUACAUGUAGAGUCAAAUGUUUGGUUCUGGAACCAUUUUCCUGUCUUCGUUUUCUCCUAUUUGUAGCCACCGGGUAUAACUGCCUUGGUUACCACUAGCUGGCUUGUUGCUCCAAAAUGCCUCGGGGUCCUCAUUGCUGCCUUGGUGACCGAUUGGUAACCGUCAUCUAGGUGGCUUGGCAUCGGGCUUGACUGGUGUUGAGUUGAGCUCCACCUUGUCGCCUCGUCAUGACUAGGUGGGGUUGGGGCCUCCUUGCCUUGCCUCCAUCAUGUUGCUUAUGAAUCCUUGAUAUCCAUGGAGACCUCAUACUCAUACUAACUUAGCCUUGUCAUCUUGCUUACGGCUUGGUACCCUGUUGCUAGCCUAUCUCAUUGGCUUGAUAUCACCUGCCACCAAGCUAGUCUUGCCGGUCUGGUCUCCAUACUUAGUUUUUAUAAUCUCGUCAAGUUGGUAGAUUGCACCCUGCCGGCUUGGUACCUGUUACGAUGCCACCUAACUCGUUUUGAGACUUACUCUCCACAUGGCCCCCUAAGGGGAUCUACACCAAGUCCUCAUCAAAUUGACAUCCUCUUAGCUCGGCAUCUUGGGCGACCAGCCCCCACCCUCAAGAUCUCACACUUAGUCUUGAGAAUAUAGGGACUGUUCGUACGACUUGGUGCUCGAGCGGCCACCUCAACUGGACACCUUGUCACCUCCUCAUCGGGUUGGCACCCUGUCAGGUUGGUAUCCAUACAUUUUAGCUCCAUACUUAACCAAAUUUCAUGUCUUGGUACCAUGCAUGCCUUGCCUGCUUGGUACCCACUCUGGCUAGCCUAUCUCAUCGGCUUGAUAUCACCUGCCACCAAGCUAGCCCUGCCGGUCUGGUCUCCAUACUUAGUUUUAUAAUCUCGUCAAGUUGGUAGAUUGCACCCUGCCGGCUUGGUACCUGUUACGAUGCCACCUAACUCGUUUUGAGACUUACUCUCCACAUGGCCCCCUAAGGGGAUCUACACCAAGUCCUCAUCAAAUUGACAUCCUCUUAGCUCGGCAUCCUGGGCGACCAGCCCCCACCCUCAAGAUUUCACAUUUAGUCUUGAGAAUAUAGGGACUGUCCGUACGACUCCUGUCAGGUUGGUAUCCAUACAUUUUAGCUACAUACUUAACCAAAUUUCAUGUCUUGGUACCAUGCAUGCCUUGCCUGCUUGGUACCCACUCAGGCUAGCCUAUCUCAUCGGCUUGAUAUCACCUGCCACCAAGCUAGCCCUGCCGGUCUGGUCUUUAUACUUAGUUUUUAUAAUCUCGUCAAGUUGGUAGAUUGCACCCUGCCGGCUUGGUACCUGUUAAGAUGCCACCUAACUCGUUUUGAGACUUACUCUCCACAUGGCCCCCUAAGGGGAUCUACACCAAGUCCUCAUCAAAUUGUCAUCCUCUUAGCUCGGCAUCCUGGGCGACCAGCCCCCACCCCCAUGAUUUCACACUUAGUCUUGAGAAUAUAGGGACUGUCCGUACGGUGCUCGAGUGGCCACCUCAACUGGACACCUUGUCACCUCCUCAUCGGGUUGGCACCCUGUCAGGUUGGUAUCCAUACAUUUUAGCUCCAUACUUAGCCAAAUUUCAUGUCUUGGUACCAUGCAUGCCUUGCCUGCUUGGUACCCACUUGGCUCCGUACUUAGCCAAAUUUCGUUACUUGGUACGAAGUCGAUUUAGCCCGCUUGGUACCUUCUUGGCUCCAUACUUUGCCAAAUUAUGUCUUGGUACCAGGUCUGCCUUGUCGUCUUGAUACCAUGUCAGUUAGUCAUUAAGCCUGUCUUGCGUCCAGACUUAGUAUUAUUUUAGAGCCAUAUUUCAUACCAAGGGAGGGACACCGCUGACCAUGGAAGUCAGGGAGGCUGGUCGACUAUCUGUGCACGGGAGAGGGAGUUCGGGCACUUAGGUCCAAAAACUCAACUGAAUGAGACUCAACUAGUCUCAUUUAAUAAUUAAUAUUGAGCUUACCUUAUGAAUCCAUUAAAUCUCUUGUAAUUAUGGAUUAACUUUUAGGCGUAAACUAUAAGGAAUCGUGUAAAUUGAAAAUCAAGUUAUGUGAAUUCCAGCCUUUUUCAUAGAACACAUUUGCUCAAUUACACGUUAUUGCAAACAUUAUGAUCCCAAAUAAACCAAUUCGAAAGAAGAAAAAAAGAUCAGUUCCUUUAACGACGGCACUUUGGCCACCCGUUAGGUGCCGGGGGGUUUCCAUCAGGACAGGUGAUUUCUUAUCUUUCCAUUGUUAGGCAAAAGGCUCCAAACAAGAUGCAAAAUCGUGGCAUUACUUAAAACAAACAACACGUUCCAAAGUUUGACUUCUGGGUUGUGCUACUAAUGUAUCUACUUUCAACCCUUGCAUUGAUCGGUUUUUUUGUUUCUAAGGAAGCCCGCCAUCACCAUGUAUCGGAUGUUUCCUUCGCUCUGAAUCAAGCUUAAGUCUAUCAAACAGAUAUGAGCAAGAAGAAAUGCUUUUUCACUUAUGUUGCUGGAUCUAAUGUGUUAUGCCUUUCAAUGAGGUAACGUUUAACCACCACCGUUUUUUUCUGUAGGUUUCAUCUGGCUUAUAGUUAUUGGGAUGGAUUCCUUACCGUAUCUCCAUGGACAACAAUACAGUUCUAGUGUGGGAGGAAGUUUAAAGUAUGAAUGCUUUAGUUACUUUUAACGUUAUGGUACAACUUCAGGUUGUACUUUUAUUAUCUUGUAUAAAUCUCUUUCUUGUACAAACUAAAGUUGUCUCUUUAUCUUAUGGUAGUUGUACCAUGACAUAAAGGUUCAAAUUAUUUUAUGAUACAACUUCAAUUAUUUAUUUCUUUAACAUUAUGGUACAACUUCAAAUUAUUGUAUUUAAAGCAUAUUAGAAGUGCUCUUCGUUUGGAUAAAUUAUAUAGAGAGAUGUGAUUUGCGUGAUUUUGAGCAUGAUACUUGUUAUUCACAUACGUACAGCUCCUAUCCUCUAUGGAUAUAUGGUAUCGUAUGACUGGUGUAUAAUAUACCCAUGCGUUUAGGUCUAUUAGAUAUAAUUUUUAUAUGAUUUGACGAAAUAUAAUGGUAGUUUAUUAUUUUUUAUUAAAUUGAUCUUAUGGUUUGAGUUUAAGGAAUUUUGGAGAGGAAUUGGGGUUCCUUCUCUCAAUAUUUAUAAAUGGGUCAAAGUGCU